AUGAGAAACAUCCAGCAUCGAAACCUUGUGAAGAUUGUAAGUUCUUCCACUAGUCUGGAUUUCCAAGGGAAUGAAUUUAGAGCUUUAAUCUAUGAGUUCAUGCCUAAUCGGAGUCUAGAAAAAUGGUUGCAUCCAACAGAAGAAGAUCAGCAGAAGAUGUUUCAUAGACUGAACCUUCUUCAAAGAAUUAAUGUUGUUAUUGAUGUGGCUUGUGCCCUCGAUUACCUACAUCAUCAUUGCCACAGGCAGAUUGCUUAUUGCGAUCUUAAACCAAGCAAUAUUCUUCUUGACAGUGAUCGCCUAGCCCAUGUUGGAGAUUUUGGGCUCGCAAAGUAUCUUCAUUCACCUCCCAGUUCAUUAGAAAGCAGCUCUGUUGGAAUCACAGGAACUAUAGGAUAUGUGGCUCCAGGAAAGAAAGAACACAUAUAUUUGAUUCUUUAUUGUUUCUUCAACAUUAAUGCAGAGUACGGCUUAGAUGCCGAGGUAUCAAGUAGUGGAGAUGUCUACAGCUUUGGGAUCCUAAUGCUGGAGAUGAUGACAGGGAAGAAGCCCACGCAUCCUUUGUUCGCCGGAGGCCUUGAUCUUCAUAGAUACGUUGAAAUGGCAACUCCUGAGCAUGUGAUGGAUAUUGUAGAUCCAGUACUUCUUUGCGAAGACUACAAAAGGGCUACAGCAGCCAAUAGCAUAUGCAUUUCACUAGGAGAAACAAAAAGCAGUUUACUAGAGCAGUGUUUGAUUUCAUUGCUUAAAGUUGGCUUGGCUUGCUCCAUGCACUUACCCGAAGAUAGAAUGAAUAUAACACAAGUUGUUAAUACCUUGAAAUCUAUUAAGGACACAUUUACCAUGGCAGAACUUUGA